AUGGAGGGUUAUGGAAAUACAGAAAAUAUAAAUGAUCAUGGAAAUAAUGAAUAUAGCAUAAGUGGUAAUGUACAAGAAAAUUGCGAAUUUGAAAAUGGAGUUAAUCAAAAUAUGGAAAAUGAAUUGAACGAUAAUUUGCUGAAUAAUAAUGAUGGCCGAAAUAAAAAGAAAAAAAAUAAAUAUGAACGAAAUAUAUUUAAAAAUAAAAAAAAUAAUAAUAAUAAUGAUAAUAAUGGAGAUGAAAAUGGAACAGUACCAUAUCGUUCAUUCAAUGAUAAUGACAUGGAUAUAAAAGAAGAUGAAGAUGAUAAAAAUGGCGAACGUGAUGAAAAUGGUGAACAUAAUUAUAAGUUAACAAAUAAAAAUGGUGAAAAAAAUAAUAACAAAAAGAAUAAAUCAAAUAACCAAAAGUUUAGUGAAGUAUAUAACUCAAUUUAUGAAGAUUUGAAAAAAAAAAAAAGUGGAAUAAAACAAAAAAAUGGAAAUAACAAUGAAGAUAAUAAUAUUAACAAUUAUGAUAAAAAAAAUAAUUUUUAUGAAAUGAAUUAUUAUUCUGAUAAUGCAAAUUCUAUUAGUAGUAGUAUUGAUGGUGAUUCUUUUUUUAAUGAUAAAGUUUUAAAAAAAUAUAUUGUUGGGCAAAUAUUUAAUAUUAUUAGAACAUCUUUUCAAUGGGCUAUAUCACCAUUUAUUUUAUUUUUUUUAUUUGAGCAUUACUCAAUAUUUUAUGUAUACAGAAUAAUUUCUUUUUUUAUUUUAUUAUUAUUUACUCCAAUAACAUUAUAUUUAAUUAACAAACAAAAUAUAAAAUUCUUUUUAUUGGCAACCAAUACAACCAGAACAAUAUUAUGGGGAAUAUGUAUACCUAUUUUAUAUUCUCUAUAUAAAGAUUAUAUUAAAAAAUAUUAUAUUGACAGCUCUUUUGAAUUUUUAUUUUGUAUAUUAAUAAUAGUUGAUCAUAUGUGUAUAAAUUUAUCUAGUAUAGUAGAUAUGGAUAAUAAUGGAAUUGAAUAUAUUUCCAAAAAAUAUGAUAUAAUUAUUACUGAAAAAGCUAAUAGAAAAUAUUUAACACUUCAUCAGUUUUUUUUUGAUGUAUCAUUUACAAUAUUUAAUCCACUUAUUAUAUUUGUUAUGUAUUUAUUUGCUAGAUUCUUUUCUCAAGAAUAUCAUAGAGAUUUGUUUGUAUAUUUAACAUCUAUUUAUUUUGCUUUUAUCUCAAUUGUAAGUUUAAUUAUGUAUGCUAUUGGGCUCGAGAGAACAGAAUCAUCAUCAAAAAGAGGAGAAAAAAUUAAUGAUAAUAAUUAUAAAUUCCAAAAUAAUCUAAAUAAUGUUGAAGAAGGAAAUAUAAAAGACAAUGAAAUAAAUGAAAAUGAUUUUGAUAAAUAUUAUGAAAAAAAUAAUAAUAAUAAUAAUAAAUCUGACCAAUAUGUUAAUAAUUAUACUAAUGCAUAUCCUAGUGUAUAUGUAAUGCAAAAUCAAGUUCAUAGUUUUAAUGACAAUUAUGAUCCAUAUUCAAAUAAGGAAAUAAUUACAUUAAAAGAUCAAUAUAAAACACAUUUUAAAAAUAUUAAAAUAAAUUUAAAACAUAUUUCUAAUGAUUAUAAAUUACUAUUUUAUUUAUCUUCUUUAUCAUUUCUAAAUAGUGUUGAAGAUAUAACAAUGUUAAUGUUAAUUCCUUUUACAUCAAUAUUUGCAUGCGAAUUCUUUUAUGUUGAAUCAUUAUUUAUCAAAGUUUUAAUUGCAAUUAUUUUAAUAUCUUUGGUUAAAUGUUUUGAAAACAUCUCAUAUUAUUGCAAUAAAAAAAAGCUUGUUACCCUAAAGGAACCUUCUAUCCUAUCGAUCAGCUUCCAAAAGCACAUAAAAGAAUCCAAAUAUGACAUAUGCAAUUUUACUGGGAUUUUCAUGUCAUUUUUUAAUUCAAUAUUUGUUAUUUUUGUGAUAAUGUUGUUAUCAAUAGUAAACCACUUUGUCGCAAAUUACAUUUCCAUAUGCAUAUUUUUUAUCAUAAUAUUAUUUAUUCUUUGUAAAUGUGGAAGUCUUAUUUUGAAAGAAGACGAUGACUCGGCGUCAACAAAAAUUGUUUAA